GCUGGGUUCUAGUAAACAGGACAGGUGAAGUACCGGGCGAAACAAACAAGGAUUUAGGUCUUCAAGCGAAAACAUAUCGAUAAAACGCCUUAAAUAUGCCCGCUUUUACAGGAUCAUAUACCAACAGCCUCUAACGAAGUCAAUGGAAACUCGAGUACUAUUAGAUGGCAUCCUUAAAAGAAGCAAAAAAAGCGCUGUCGCCAAAAUCACGGGCAAGUGGAUCUGUACCCAAUGAAAAAGAUGAAAGUGCUUUACCAGAUGCAAUCAAGACAACAGCUGUUGCAAUUAACCUCUGCCUUUCCAACAAAUUUGGCCAGGCACAAGCAAAGCUUGAGCCAUGGGCAAAGGAAAGCAUGUACCAUGCUCUUGGCUAUGGUACCAUCAUGUACCUUCAAGCUGUUAUGACCUUUGAACCUCAAGCAAUUGAACAGGCAGUGGAAAGCAUGAAGACAGCUCUAGAUGUCUGCCAGAAAGAGCGGCAUAAAAAUUCUUGGUCAGAAUCCUUCUCCAGCUGGAUCUGGAAUCCAUCAUAUGACUCUUUGACAGAGCAGGAGAGACAUGCUGAGCUGUGUUAUGCAGAGUGCUUAUUACAAAGAGCACUGCUCACAUUUAUCCAGGAUGAAAAUCUUAUCAGUUUUAUCAAAGGUGCUCUCAAGAUACGUUCAUGCUACCAAUCAUACAAAACGUGUAUGGACAUGGUGAUGAAUCAAUCAGAUUCCCUCAAGAACUCUCCACAAAGGAAUGACUUUGAGGGUGGUGUACAUUUAGGAAUUGGAAGCUUUAAUCUUUUGCUAAGUCUUUUGCCUGCCAAGCUGAUACGACUGCUUGAAUGGGUGGGGUUCUCAGGAGACAAGGAAUCGGGUCUUGAGCACUUGGAUAAGGGCUGUCGGGCCGAGAGCUUGCGAUCUCCUAUGUGUGCAAUGAUCCUUCUUGCAUACCAUUGUGUCAUCACAUACUACCUAGGUAUCGGAGACGGUGAUGUUGACUACGCAGAGGAGAUUAUCGAGCCUUUCAUGAAGACUUUUCCCAAGGGAGCCAUCUUUCUGUACUAUGCUGGCCGCAUCAAGCAGGUUCAGGGAAAGCUAGAUGAGGCUGUAGAACGGUACAACUACUCCAUUCAAGUUCAAUCCGAAUGGAAGCAGUUUCACCACAUUUGCUACUGGGAGCUGAUGUGGUGUUAUAGUUUUCAGAGUGACUGGGCAAAGGCCUAUCAUUAUGCUGCGGUGUUACUCAAGGAGAGCAGGUGGUCAAAGACGAGCUAUAUGUACCUAAAAGCAUCAUUCAAGUUCAUGUGCAGAAUUACGAAUCAACCAGUAGACCCAGAAGAUGAUACCGAAGAGUCUGAUGGAGAGGAAUACAUGUUCAGCCAUCUUCCAGACUUCAAGCAGCGAAUAGCAGGAAAGUCUAUCCCUUUCGAGAAGUACUGUGUAUACAAGGCCAGCAGAUACUUCAACCAAGGCAAAUGGUUGUUUCUCCCAGGCCUUGAGCUUAUCCACAUGUGGAAUGGCUUUAGACUGCUACGUCGGCGACCAGACCUCGUCAAACCUCUACUGAAGCUGGUGCAGAGCUCCCUCGAGUCCCUGGAUCCUAGUCACGAGCUAUAUGCGGAUGACUGGUGUCUUGGAAAGAUACUGGAAGGAAUGUGUUACCAACACACAGGCAAACCGCAGUGGGCGUUAGAAAGCCUCCUUGCUGCUGUCAGCAGGUCAAAGGACAUCGUCUUGGACAAUCAUCUGGGAGCAUAUGCAUGUGCCGAGGUUGGCUUCCUGUAUAUGGAUCUGAAAAAUUAUGACUUGGCCAAAAAGUACCUCAACAAAGCAAGGAAAGACUACCAAGGGUAUCUUAUGGAAAACCGACUGCACUUUCGAAUCCAUGCAGGUAUAGAAGUACUCAAAGACAUUAAGAAGAAACAAAAAGCAGCAAAAAAGAAAGGUGAAUCUUCACUAAACAACAAUGCCGACAGCACAAGUCAAAGCCUUGAUUGCUCAGAUACAUGGGAGGCGGGAUCUGACUACAGCACAGCGUCAGAGGGAGAAGGAAGUGAUGGGGAAUACACAGAAGCACUUGACGCAGCCAUUAAUCAAAAGCCUGGGAGUCUAUUAGUACAAAAGGAAACAACAUUGUGAUGAUUCUGAAUCUAACAUGAAAAGAAUAGAUCCAAACCUCUUUACACUAUACAGAAUUGGCACUUAUAUUGAAUUCUCUCUUCUUCUUUAGCUCUUUUUUAUUCUUGGCCACACAGUGUGCUGAGGCAAUAAUAAUGGACAGGAUACUGGCUCAUUUACAUUUGAUUCAGCAUGCUCACUGAUUUUUGCCACAAUCACAUCAUAAAGAAGACUUAAAACAUGCAAAGAAUGGUACCCUGAAUGUGGCGUGACAAUGGCAAGGAAUGCAUGUAUGUGUCUCGGAACUAAACCACCCUAUUUCUAAAUGUGGUGGUCACAACUGCACCCUGGGUCCUCAAGGAAAACAAAAUACACCAUUGUCAUUAUAGUAUUUCCAUACCAUUAUACAAUCACAAAAAAAAAUACCAAAACGUUUAAACAAAAUUUGCAAAUCACUGGUUUGUAAGCCGUUUUACAUUUGUACUAAUAAGGGAAGAUUUCCAUCUCAUAAAAUAGACAAUUGAGUUUCACUUAGUUAUUGUGAUAGAUGUGCCACCUUAUUAGUUUAAAUCUCAUAAAUCUUUUAUUUAUUAAUUCAUUAAUCUAAGUUAAUUCUUCACACCAUGUAAACUUAUUUAUUCAUCAACAAUGCACAAGCGUAAUAAAUGUGUUUCAAUCUAGUUUAAAUUAGUUUAAAUCUCAUAUAAAUCAAAAUAAUCAAAUAUAUUUUAUCUUUUAUUUAUUAAUCUAAGUAAAUUCUUCACACCAUGUAAACUUAUUUAUUCAUCAACAAUGCACAAGCGUAAUAAAUGUGUUUCAAACAGCAA